GCAGCGGUGGAUUCUCUCCUAUUUCAGACCUCCACCUCUAACCUCUCAUCCUCUCCCUCUCUCUCUCGUCUUCCCUUCCCUUCCCUUUUCUUCUUUUUCCGUUCUCUGUUUCGUCACUGCCGAGAUCUGGAACACUCCCGUGUUCGAGACGAAGCACAGCGACGGCAGACUGGCAACACCACUUCGAUCGGCUUUUAUAUGUAGGAGGCGGCGGAGGCAAGCAGUGAACCCAGGCCGAAAUACGAUCGGGACCAGCGGCAGCAGUGGGAGUUAACAGCGACAACCCCCUCCCAUUUUCUGAUCUGAUUCACCUUAGUCGAGAUUUACCCUGCUCUUCUGUCAUCGUCGUCGGUCUAGUAAGAUCGUUGUAUCAGCAUUACAAGUCUCUCAUUGUGAUGUUGUCUGAAGAUUAACAGCCAGAUAUAAAGAGCUCCUCCUUUCCCUGCGGCAUCGAUCGCGUCAAGGCCAAAAUCUCAAUCAGAACGCAUUGGUUGAGAAGUUUUGUAACUAAGUCAGUCACUCUUCUGAUUUUACUGGCACCUGCUGAAUAGGUUAUGGCGUAUGUGGAGCCUGUUAGCACAGAGAGGGAACUUAUACAAAAUAAUAUAUUGCCUCCAAAACCACAUAUUUUGCUAGCUGCGAGUGGAAGUGUAGCUGCUAUCAAAUUUGGAAGCCUCUGUCACUGUUUUUCUGAAUGGGCAGAAGUUAGAGCAGUUGCUACCAAGUCCUCCUUACACUUUAUCGACAGGACAUCUCUUCCCAAGGAUGUUGUGCUUUACACCGAUGAGGAUGAAUGGUCCAGUUGGAAGAAAAUUGGGGACAAUGUUCUUCACAUUGAGCUUCGUAGAUGGGCUGAUGUCAUGGUUAUUGCUCCCUUGUCAGCAAAUACCCUUGCCAAGAUUGCCGGGGGUUUAUGUGAUAACCUGUUAACAUGCAUAGUGCGAGCAUGGGACUUUGGUAAACCUCUGUUUGUUGCACCUGCCAUGAACACUCUUAUGUGGAAUAACCCUUUCACCCAACAGCAUCUUGAUUCCGUCAGCGGCCUCGGUGUUUCUCUGAUCCCCCCAAUCGCAAAAAGAUUGGCUUGUGGGGACUAUGGAAAUGGUGCCAUGGCUGAGCCUUCUCUCAUCUACUCCGCCGUAAGACUCUCCUUUGAGUCCCGAGCUCAACCAAGUGGUAGUGGUUUCCCCUUACGGGACUGAUGGCUUGUUCAUUGUAUGUAAUUAGUAAUUAUUCGAGUUACAAAUGUACAAUACUCUAGUUUUGUUAUUCUGGCAUCUGUUUCAGAUCAAUUUGCAUCAUGCUUUCUUUUUUGGUUUCCAGUUUCCACUCGUACCUGUUCUUUUCAAGUUUGAACAGAAAAUGUGUUGUGGAACAGCAUCCCAUACUACUGAUGUGGGACCAAUGGGUCAUAACAUUC